CAUCCUCACUUGUUCGAAAUGUCUGCAGAACAGAAGAGUGCACUGAACAUUGUCAUGGGAGCGAUGACAUUUGGGGAGUCCGGAAAAGACGGGACUCGUAUUAAUGACCUGAAGGACGUCGAGGCUAUAUUGGACGUCUUCCAGAAACACGGCCACUAUGAGGUUGACACUGCUCGAAUGUAUGGCAGUGGAACAAGUGAGGAGUACCUCGGCAAGCUAAACUGGCAGAAGCGCGGACUCAAGAUGGAUACGAAGUACUUCCCAUUAGCAUCCUUCACAGAAUUUAAGCGAGACGGACUAGAACUCACUUCACACAAACCUGAGGACCUUCGGAAGUAUCUCCAGAUAUCCCUCAAGGCACUGAAUACCGACAAGAUCGACAUGUGGUACCUUCAUGCACCGGACAGAACGACUCCCUAUGAAGUGACCUUGAAAGCUGUGGAUGAGCUGUACAGAGAAGGUUAUUUUAAACGCUUCGGGAUCAGUAACUAUACGUCUUGGGAAGUCGCCGAAAUUGUGACCAUAUGCAGGGAAAGGGGGUAUAUUCAGCCGGCUGUCUACCAAGGCGUGUAUAAUGCGCUUCAUCGUGGUGUCGAGCUCGAAUUGUUCCCUUGCUUGAGAAAGUUUGGUAUAAGCUUCUAUGCGUACAGCCCUCUUGGCGGAGGAUUCUUCACGGGACGCUAUAUGAAGGCCAGUGACGAAGUUGAGGCUGGAGCACGGUUUGAUCCUAACAGGAUGCAAGGACAAGGUUUCAGGCACAGGUUCUGGAACGAACCAUACUUUAAAGCACUUGAAAUCAUCAAGAACGCGUCUGGUAAGGCGGGAUUGACUAUGGCCGAAGUCGCACUUCGCUGGUUAUCACACCAUAGUCUUAUGAAGAAGGAGAAUGGAGAUGCCAUUUUGAUUGGAGCUUCGAGUCUCAAGCAUAUUGAACAGAAUCUCGUUGACCUUGAGAAGGGGCCCCUUUCUGAUGAGGUGGUCAAGGCACUUGAUGAAGCUUGGACGCUUGUCAAGCCAUAUGCAGCGAAUUACUUCCUCUAACCAACCUUGUUGAUUGUACUCAAUAAAAAUGAAAAGAGUUUGUAUAGGAAACGAAACAUGAGGACUGUGAUAGUAAUAACUCAGAUUAUGUAUUCAUUCAAGGCAUUGCUAAAU